AUGGCGCGUAGUUCGCCAGAAGUUCUCGAUCGUAUGCAUUGUACCGAUGUCAGUUUUUUAGAGAAGAAUCCAAUACGUCAGUGUCAGAACUGGUUUGCAAAAUUUCGAUCCAGCAAUUUUGAUGUCGAAGAUGCACCACGUUCUGGAAGGCCGGUUAAAGUUGAUAAAGACACGAUAAAGGCAUUAGUUGAUGCAAACCGGCGAAUAACAACACGUGAGAUCGGUGAGAGGUUAAAUUUAUUAAAUUCAACUGUUUAUGACCACUUGAAAGGUCUGGGUUUAACCUCGAAGCUCGAUAUAUGGGUUCCCCAUGUUCUGACGGAGAAAAAUUUGUGUCAUUGCGUUAACGUCUGUGAUUCGCUUCUCAAACGUCAUGGAAAUGAUCCAUUUUUGAAGCACAUCAUUACUUGGGACGAAAAAUAG